AUGGAUUUCUUUAAAAAUAUCUUUGGACCAAGGCAGAGAGGAAGAGCACAACAAUCCCAACCUGAACCUGAAGUAGAAAAACAACCUGAAGAACCAGAACCACAAGAUGAAAAUCAAGAAGAAAAUUCAAAUUCUGACAUUAUUUAUGAAAAGUCGUGGAGAAAGUAUGGUUGUCUUGAAGGUGAAUGGGACAAAAAGUAUAGUGACACCUUGCUAGAUGAGAUACAGCAGACUUCUGCAAAACUAAAAUCCGGAAAACUGAACAUCAUGAUGAUCGGACAAGUACAGAGUGGAAAGUCUUCUACAAUUAAUUCAUUCUUUUCAAUAGCAGAAGGACAAAUUACAUCAAGAGUCAGAGUUGGAAAAUCUGAUUCAUCAUAUUCAAUUGAUUUUCAUAUUGUUCCCGGGGAAGGAGAGUUAGAACAUAUAGUUUUUCAUGAUACCAUGGGCAUUGAACUCGCUGAAAACCAAGGUAUUCAUAUUGAUGACAUUUCAAGUGCUACGAAAGGACAACUGAAACCUGGAUACCAGUUCAAUCCAAUGGCACCAGCUAAAGUUGAAAAGCCAGACGUAGAUAGAAGGUGUGUGAUUCAUUGCGUAAUAUAUAUUGUCGACGCAGAGAAUAUCUUCUCAGAAAUUGUUCAAAGUUUUGAAACCAGAAUAAAAGAACUGGAAAACGUACUGUUUGGGCCCAACAGGAUGGUUAUCGUAACAAAGAUAGAUAACAUCAGUAACAUAGUAAAAGAUGAUAUAACCAAAAUAUUUAAAAGCGAAAAUGUCGAAAGAGUCGUUGAAAGUGCUAAAAAUACGUUUGGAGUCCCAAAGAACUAUGUUUUUCCUGUUAAAAACUACACAGAUGAGGCAAAAAUCGAGCACUUCAAGAAUAUCCCUCUACUACUUGCCCUGCGACAAGCUGCAUAUUUCGGCGCUGAUUUUAUGCGAGGAACAGAGGUCGAUAAUGUAAAGAAAUAAGGACCUGAUUUAAACAGUGCAAUCAAACUGACCAUUGAAAAAUGUGAAUAAAGUAUCUUGAGAAAAGGUAGCAUCACGUAAAACUCUAUCACAUUGCAGUUGACAAGGAAAAUCGUUAACAUUGUUUAUUUCCAAUGUUUCUGUGGCCCUUGUUUCUCUUUUAGUUCUGAUUAAAAACAUAUAUAUAUAUAUAUUUUACUAUUCGGAAAAUAGCUGUUACUAGAUAUUG